UUUGUUAAAGAUUUAAGGACUGACUGCACAGAAAAAGAGAGAGAAAGAGAGAGAAGCCAAAGCCAUCAAGAAAAAGUGGAGAGAAAGCAAAAGAGCGAUGACGAAGCUAACAAACUAAGAACCUCCCCUCCUUCCUCCAGCUGAGUAUCGAUGACUGCACUUUGUUGAAUUUCUCGUCCUCUUAGGUUUUUUCAACUAUGGCGGAUCUGUACGGGACAGCUCCAGACUCCGAAGAAAUCUCGAACAUUCUCAGCCAACUCCUCCACGGCCACGGCUCCUCCGCUUCCUCUUCCUCGUCUUGCAUGCCCUUUAAGCCCACUUACACGCAUCUACUGCAUUCCUCAGUGGCGCCGCACCACGUUACGACGUCGUCCGAGGUCUUGAUUUCGGAGACUAGGCACGAAGAUUAUCACCGGUUCGCCCGAUCGGAGGACCGGCGAGUCGUGGACGGGAACUCCGCUGCUGCGGUUGUCGAGUCUUCAUCCGGUUUCGAUUUCACCGAUUCCGGUGGCUAUUUCCAGGCAGAGGUAAAAGAAGGUAUGGAGUCUGAUGCGAACACGUCCUUGAAGGGGAGGAGGAUUUCGUCUGAGAAUGAUCUCGGUGACUUUAGCUAUGAUAGUGAGAAGGGUCACGACCGGUCAGAGGUGCCGUUGAACCCAGUUCCGCCACGUAGUUUAUCCAAGAGGAGCAGAGCUGCAGAGGUCCAUAAUAUGUCGGAAAAGAGAAGGAGGAGUAGGAUCAAUGAGAAAAUGAAAGCCUUGCAGAACCUGAUUCCAAAUUCGAACAAGACGGAUAAGGCUUCAAUGCUGGAUGAAGCAAUUGAAUAUUUGAAGCAGCUCCAACUUCAAGUACAGAUGUUAACAAUGAAAAAUGGAUUGAGCUUGCAUCCAAUGUGCUUACCAGGAGUCAUGCAGCCUAUGCAGUUGCCUCAUAUGGGAUUAGGCCUUGAAGAAGGAAGUAAUAAAUUUCCAAAAUCUAGCAGAGGAAUAAGUCCAUUUUAUGAGAAUGAAGAGAAUCCGAUGCAAUCUGCGUUUAAUAUUUCCCCUGGAUGCGCAAUCUCAAACCAGCCAAUGGUCUUACCUUCAGUUGCAAAUGUCCCCACUUCGGAAGCCACAUUUGGGUUUGAACCAUCGAUUCAAGCUCUCUACAGGCCCUUCAGUGUCCCCUCAUCUUCUAAGGAACUCUUCAGAGACGGUGAACCACGAGCAAAAUUAGAUACCAGCGAGACUGGGAAGAACUCUUCAUCACAUGUCGACAUAUUGUCCACAAAGCGGCCGGAUGUAUGACAUUGCGGCCUGUUUUCAUACAGUUCUUUUCUUCAACCAAGAAACAACCAUGGUCCUUCAAACUGCUGACUUUUUCAAACUUGAUCAGGUUACAUAUUUCAUAUUUUUCUAGUGUAACAGAUCGACACAAUUGUGGGAUUUGUACUGUUGAUUCUUCUUAACUUGUAUAAAAAUACUCACCAGUCUUGGUAUUUGCCAUUUAU